GUUCGAAAACUCGCUGACGACAAAUACGCCAACAUCCACUAUCUCAAGGGUGUUCUAUUCAAAAGGGACGACGAACUUGCUCGUAUGCAAGCCGAUGUUGAUAAACUUCGUGCUGAGGCCAAGAAACUCAAGUCUACUUCAGCCAGCGAAAAGGAAGCAGAACUGAUGGAAGAGGCGGCGUCUGUCUGGAGACUCAUUAAAUGCUCGACAUGUAAAGAAAAUAUGCGCGGAGUCGCUCUCACCAAGUGCUCGCAUACGUUCUGCAAACAGUGCGUCGAGGCAAGGAUCUCGACUCGUCAGCGACGGUGCCCACACUGUAAUUCAGGCUUUGCACAGAGUGAAGUAGUGAAUGUUCUCUUCCAAUGACUGUCUCUCCCAUUCCAUUCAUCCCUACUCGAAUAUAGACAUCUGGUAAUCUUCGCCGCUUGACGCUUUUAUAUUUGGACCAAAUCUUCAGUCAUGCAGCGAUGUACUGUAGCAUAUUUUUUAUGCUUUUUUUUAUGGAGCAUUCGUGCCAGGUAAUGUAAUGAUAUCUUUUAUCUUCGUGAUUCUAUGUCAGUGAAUUUUAGCGUUUGUCAUGGUUGUCUGAGC